AUGGAGGGUCAACUACGCAAUGACAGAAGAUUCAGUUUCAUACUACGAAGCAGCAUGUCCUCUUCCAACCUGACGACCAAUUCAGUCAAUACAACCCACACUGUCAGUGUGUUUGAAGGAUGUGAAGAGAUGGUGAGUGGCAUAAUUUUUGACCUGACCAUGCAAUCUUUCAAUGUGAUAAUAGGAAUACCUGCCAACAUCCUGGUUAUUGCAAACCUAAUAAACACCCGCAAUGAGCCUUUAACUUCUGACAUCUUCCUGGGCUGCCUGGCUUUCAUGGAUGCCUACUUUGGAUUCAUGACGAUCAUAUCAUUCCUCAAUCUCUAUCUCUGGCAGAGUGCCAUGGCUUGGCUGGCUAUAAAAUUCUCUUAUGGCGUGAAGGACACCAGCGGGCCACUCUUCCUCUCCUGUGUCUGUCUGGAUCGAUUUAUAGCUGUUCUCUUCCCCAUCGCAUUUGGACAGUUGAAGGACAUCAAAUACAGGAUCUGUCUGUCCAUAGCAAUCCUGCUGCUGACCUUUGCUUAUUCUUCAGCCAAAACAAUUGGUGGCAUCCACAAUUUUGAGAAGGUUUUCACUGGUGAGGUCCUGUUUGCUUUUACCUGGAUGGUGGUGUGUAACGUGGCCAUAAUGAUAGCCCUUAAACGCUCAAGAGGCUCUGGUAAAGAUGAGAUGCAUCCAAUGAAAAGAAAAGCUUUUAAGAUGGUACUAUCGAUCUUGAUCAUCAUAGUGAGCAACUAUCUCCCUCCGGUUGCUCUGUUUCCCUUUGAAGACCAUUUUCCACGCAUAGUCUUCACCUGCCAUGUGCAGCCAGUAUGUUUUGCCUUUCUAAACAUCAGCAGCACUAUCCAGCCCUUAACUUACCUGUCCCGCCUAGAGAAAGUACCCUUCCUGCCUCAAUCAUGUGUGGAGAAGUUAAGCUGCAAGAAAGAAGACAAACCCUCAAAGGAAUGA